AAUCCAUUCCCAUCUUUGUGUGGGCCUUCUUCUCCCCCUCUCGCUUCCUCACUCGCUUUGGUUGGGGGUAAAAGAUAAGUGCUGCUGCUGUCCGUCUCCAAAAUGAAGGUAGCUAGCAAGCUAUAGAGCCGACUUCACCCCAUCGCACCACCGGAAAAUUAAGAAUUGAAAGGAGAGAGAGAGAGAGAGAGAGAGAGAGAAAGGCGAGGUCAUGAUGAUGAUGAUGGUGAUGACGAUGGGUGUUCCUUUGGAUUUCUCCUCUCAAACGCAAUCUGUUCCUUGCCACUCCAAUAUUCGUUCAUUUGCUCAGCAAGCCUCUCGUCGGAGAUUCUCCACACGGAACUGCUGCUGCAGGAUGAUGAUACGGAAGUUCUCAUCCUACGCAUCUCUCCCCAUGCCAAAUCGUAGCAAAAGAAGAUCAGGUUUCGGAUGCCAAGCAGCAACCACAGAGACAGAAGAACCAGAGAGCCAUGACGACGACGACGACGACAAGAGCAACUUACACGAAGCUGCUGACACCAAAUCCUCGGAUAUUAAGUCUUCGCUUGAGAGGAUCGACGGUAUACUUGGAUCUCCAGGUAGCAUCAAGAACAAAGACGAACCUGUUUCCACAGAUUCGUCGGCUCUUAAGGAUUCGAUUGGGAGAAUUGAAGGUGUACUCAAACCUCCAGAUAGCAUAGAGCCACCGGAGAAGGUUGAGGAAAUGGAAGUUGCUAGUGGGUCUCCUUUACCAGGAAUGAAGCAACUUGGUGAACCAAUCAUGAUUCCUAAGGCUACAAUUGAUAUCCUGAAAGAUCAAGUUUUUGGUUUUGACACGUUCUUUAUUACCAGACAGGAACCAUAUGAGCGAGGAGUACUGUUCAAGGGGAACCUACGAGGGACGGCAGCCAAAAGUUUUGAAAAGAUAACGAAGCGGAUGCAGGAUAGAUUUGGAGAUCAGUAUAGACUUUUCCUUCUUAUCAAUCCCGAAGACGAUGAACCAGUGGCAGUAGUUGUUCCUAAACAAACUUUGCAGCCAGAAUCAACAGCUGUCCCAGAGUGGUUUGCUGCCAGUGCAUUUGGAUUGGUUACGAUUUUCACCUUAUUUCUGAGAAAUGUCCCAGCCCUGCAGUCCAAUUUGCUAUCAAUAUUGGAUAAUCUUGAAUUACUAAAAGAUGGUCUUCCUGGAGCCCUUGUAACUGCACUGGUUUUAGGGAUUCAUGAACUCGGCCAUAUUUUAGUUGCAAGGGAUGUUGGGGCCAAGCUUGGUGUGCCAUAUUUUGUUCCUAGUUGGCAGAUAGGUUCUUUUGGUGCAAUCACAAGGAUUGUUAGCAUCAUAUCCAAUCGCGAAGAACUUCUAAAGCUUGCAGCUGCUGGACCAUUUGCUGGUUUCUCGUUUGGGCUUAUCCUUCUUCUACUAGGUUUCAUCUUACCUCCUAGUGAUGGCUUGGGUAUCGUUGUUGAUCCUGCAGUGUUUCACGAGUCAUUUCUUGUUGGUGGUAUAGCAAAACUUCUUCUUGGGGAUGCUUUGAGAGAAGGAACUCCACUUUCUGUGAAUCCUAUUGUCGAUUAUGGGGCAUCCGGGCUGCGGCUCUAUAAUGCUAUCAAUAGCAUUCCUGCAGGAUGACUCGACGGAGGCCGAAUAUCUUUUGCCCUUUGGGGCAGAAAGGCUUCGUCUAGGUUGAGCAGCGUUGCCAUAGGACUGCUGGGGAUAUCAUCACUCUUCAAUGAUGUUGCUUUCUAUUGGGUGGUUUUAAUAUUCUUUCUGCAGAGGGGACCCAUUGCCCCUCUGUCCGAGGAGAUCACCGACCCACCAAAUGAAUAUGUUGUUGGUCUUGGUGUUGCUGUUUUGUUGUUGGGCCUGCUCGUAUGUUUGCCUUACCCGUUUCCUUUCGUCGUGCAAGGAGCUGAGUUUUGAUCGUUGAUCAUCAAGCCAAAGGCAGUAACGCCUUCCUGAUCAGAUGACGAAUCGUAGAAUGUAUAUGUAUUUUUUAUCAUACUAGUAUGUAUUUUUUGUUGCUGGGGAUAUCAUCAGUAACGCACAUGUACUCGUUUUCAUAUAUAUAGUUGUUUUACUUUUUGAAAA